ACAAUUAUGUAUAUUCAACAACGGCAAAAUGGCGAUGGUUGAGGUGAAAAGGACGUAAAAUUGUUGCAAUCUAUAGUGUUUGAAAUGUACAAUAUGUGUGUAUGGAUAGUUGUUAAAACAGUGUAGUUUUGAUUUAACAAAUUGAUAACUGUGUUGCUUCUCUAUCAUCAAUUUUAGGGCGUAAUUUUGAAUUGCCGACAAUGUCGGAGCAUAACGGCUCUGGAGAUGGUCCCCAGGUAACAAAUAUGGAUGAAAAGGGCAAGUUGUCUUUAAGGAUUGUACUUUCUGAAAGCGAUUUAUCCAACAUGACGGCUACCGAAUGGGCUGACCGUUGGAGGACCCAGGACGCCUACAUCACGGGUCUAGAGCACAAAACGACCCAACAGGAAGGCGAGAUCGCUGAUCUACGCCAGGCUCUUGAAAAGGCACGUGCCCAGCUCUCCGAAUCCCAGCAGAGAGAGAAAGUCCUUGUCCGACGACUAGCCGCCAAAGAACAAGAAACUCAGGAUUUUGUGUGUCAGGUAAAUGAACUGAAAAGUGCCCAGGCCCCAACCAGCACCUCUUUACGUUCAGCUUUGUUGGACCCUGCAGUAAACAGCCUUCUGCACUUGCUACGAAAUGAACUUCAAGCGACUCGGUUGCGUCUAGAAGACACACAGAAUGAAUUAUCUGCAUGGAAAUUUACCCCAGAUUCUAACACUGGCAAACGCCUUAUGGCCAAAUGCCGACUCCUCUACCAAGAAAACGAGGAGCUCGGUAAGAUUACGUCCUCAGGUCGCGUAGCCCUUCUAGAGGGCGACCUCGAGCUUCAAAAAAAAUUCUCCGAAGAGGUGCGUCAAUCUCAAUUAGAGCUCGAUUCCUUCCUUGCGGACCUUGACGAAGACGUGGAAGGCAUGCAGAGUACAAUAUUGUUCCUGCAGCAAGAGUUGCGCAAGACGAAGGACACGGUGGCGAUGUUGCAAAAAGAAAAUGCCGGCUUGAAAGCGACCAUGAUACAAAACGGACGCGCGAAUGGUGAUACGACAAAUAGUAGUUGUGUUGUUGUAAAAUGUGAACGACUGGACAGGACGACGGACAGCGAGUCCGAUGGCGGAGAACGGACCCGAAUCAAACGCGUUCGCCGGUCGUCGGUGCUUAGCAUCGACUACAACGAAGAUGACACCUUGGUGAUAAACGCCAACGGCGAUGUGGCCAUGUCCUCCGAUCCGGAGUAACAGCCUAGUUAAUAACGAAUUCUGAAAUUAAUUUAAGUGGUAAGGGACUGUGUCUUGUUCUAAAAGAUUCGUUUAAACAUUAAGAGUAAAAAAUUAAAUUCGCAGUUUCAAAGACUCUCAGGGUGUUAUGUUAAAGAGUUAUCCGAAAUCAAUUUACCACCAAAAAUGGGGUCCUCUUCUCUUAUUGGGGAAAUUUCAGAAUAAUGUUAACUCGACUGUAAUAAUAAACCCACACUGGACGGACAUCAUUUCACCCCCGUGUACAUAUUAUACAUACAAAAAUAAUGAUUAUUUAGAACGUACAGGACAUACACAUACGUUAUAAUGUUUUGAAUAUCGUUUUUUAACUUCGUUUUUAUUAUGUAACGAAUUAUGGGGGCACGUACAUGAU